CGUACGUUCUGUAGCUCCGAAAUUUUUUUAGUAGUUCUACUAGUAGUAAUUGAUAAUUCUACGCUCCCUCAGCAAAAUUGUGCUAUUUAUUGACACAAUCUGCCAACUGUCUGAUUACCUGUGUAUCUGCUUGCUUUUAAACGACUACGAAGUAUCUCGGUCUCCUAAGAAGUAAUAAUUAUCAAGCAAGCGGAUCUCAAUUUAGGCAAGAACCCGUUAGCUUCACUUUGCUGAAUACUAAGGAGGAACGUAUGUGGCUGCGUAAUCGAAUGUUUGCAAUUUUUCCAAAUUCCACAAAGUUAAGAAGAAAGAUGGUCCCGAGACGCAACAAAUACAGAAUCGCAAUCAUAGUUCACACAUCAGACAAGUCAGUGUCACGUCUGUGAUUGGCUUAAGAAGAGAAUUUGUCAAAAUGACAGUCCUCCCGUCACCGAUUUCCUCAAUUGUUUUGUGAUGAGUUAAAAGGUAUUUCUGUUUUUCCAACAGCCGUUCAGCUUUAUCCAAAAAAGUGAUGAAAAUUUUUAUUUGACACUGUUGUACCUGUAGUGUAGUGGCCGAUUCAUUUAAAGUACUUUUUGAUUUCCUGAAAGGGGGGAUCACCAUGGAGGAAAUGGAAUUAACUAUAGCCAGACUAGUUUUAGGAUAUUUGAAGAGCGAACAUUGCAGGAGUGCUUACAAGGAAUUUUUAAAAACAUGUCCCCACUUACAGCAGAAUAACAUCUCGAAAAGCAAAUUUUUGCGUACAAGGUUUUUGGGGCUAAGCCUAGAAGAGAUCAUCCAUGAAUAUGUGGAUAUAUAUCAUAUGGUGCAAGCAAGGUUAGAAGCAACAAACUAUUUUCAAGAACAUCACCAUAAGCAAAACUUAUUAAGCCAAAUAUUAUAUUUAUUCAAUAAAGUUCCUACCAUUGACAUUAGUAGGACUUCAACUCCUUGUAUCAGAUCUCCAAGAGAGUCUAACCUAGAUGAAGCAAGCCCUUUCUCAUAUAUUGAACAUGCAAGUGAUGUAGAAACUACACCUGUCCAUACAUUACCUGGAAAUAUUUGUUCUGGAAAUCAUGAGAGGGGUCCAAAAAAAUCUGCCAAAAAAGCAGCUAGAUCACCAAGAAUUGAAGACGAGGAAGUACAAUCAAGGGAUGGUGAUCAAACUCCUACUUCUGCAGAGUUAGUAAAUACCGAAGUUUUAGCUCAAACCUUAUUAGAAAACAAAGAAUUUCACGAGAAGAUAGCACAAACAAUAAAUAAAGUAGUUGAGAAUCAACAUAGAGAUUCUGGAGAGUUAGAUAAGACUGUUAAAACUGUUGUCAAAGAAACAGAGGAAGAUCCUAUAUUUGAUAAGUUGUUGGAUGAAAUCAUUGGAUCAGCAGCUUUGAUUGAUAAUGUAAGAUUUGAACCAAAUAAGUCAUCAAACAGAGAUGGCAUUGCCAUCACAUCAAGUAAUAACAACAAAAAACAAGAUGGCUCCAAUGGAUCGUCAAAAUCAGUUUCAAGGGAAGAUGAAAUUCACAAGCAAAAUGGUGAGGCCAUCAAUUGCAUUGUCGCCAAUUCAACAGAAAAAAUGCAAGCCCAAGUUCCUUCUAGCCAGGUACCUCCUAACGGAGAGGUGAUAGUAUUUGAUGGUUCACUGGAUAAUUUCAUGAACAGCAAUAUGUGCACUGCUCCUACAGCACCAGUAACUACUGUGCCGUCAAUACAGAACCAGUUUUACACCACUGGGUUGUUGAUCACCACUGGAGCCAAUACAGCCACUAUGGCUACUUUGACAAACAAGCCAAUCCAGGUGCCGUUACUGCUAACUGAGCAGGAUAUACUCAGUAUGCCUACUGUCAUUGUCAGUGAUAAUCAAACCAAUACUGUUAAGAAAACAUCUGAACUAAAACAGAUAAAACCACGUUUAACUCCAAGAAACGCUCCGACCAUCUUGCCAAACUUCGCUCCAUCAGAAAACCCACCGAAACAACUAGGCCUAAAAAAAGUCGUCUACCCAGUGGUCUCCUCCUCCUCGAUGGUCACAAGCACCCCUGCAGCCACCAGCAACACACAAUCUUCUUUGCCCCAGCUGAUGAACGAAGAGGAGAAACAAGACCUCCCUGAAGACGACGUAGAGGUGGUGGCACCACCCGUGACGCCUCCUGCCUUGGACAACAUGCAGAAAGUCACGCCUAAGAGUGCGUCGCAUGUGAGGAAUUUAGAUUUCUCCACUCCGCCGAAGAUCAAUAAGAAGGAUUUGGAGCCGAAUGCGUCCACUAAACAGGUCACAAAGACUUUGUUCCCAAAGAAACCCAAAGAAGUAUUAGUAGAACUGGGCAAAACGUGGGAUGCCGACCUUAGAGCCCGUGCCGCGUCUGAAGAGGCUUCUAGCAGAACGCCGAAAAGGAAAAGGAAAAAGCCGCUGAGCGGCAAAAAGAGCAAAAAGGCUAAAACGAGUAUUACCGAUGAAGACGGUGUUGCACUGGAGGCUGCUUUGAAGACGCCCAAGAAGUCUAGUCAAGAGAAAAAGACGGAGAACGAACAGUCCAACAUCAAUACAGAUAAGCAAUCGACCACCAUGGAACCAAUUCCAGACUCUCAAAUCGAAGCGCUAUCAAUCACCGAGAUACAUACUAAAACAAUUCUCUCACCGUCGAAGAUGAACGCUACAAAACGCAGUCUGGUCAACACUGAUCCGAACGAGAGCUCCAGCAGAUUCAUAACGCCUGACAACGUGCAAGAAGCGGCAACAGCGCAGCCAAUGAAGGCCAAUAGGAACAUUAUUCCAAUGCUGGAGACGCCGAUGAAGGAGUAUUUCCCUCCGAAAACGCCAGGAGUCCAUACACCGAUGGAUUUAAAUUUGAGUACUAUGAGCAGCAAUAUUACGCCUUUUACUAAAAUGCUCGAGGCAAAUCUCAAAGGCCUGGAUAUCAACCAGAUACCAACGCCGAACAUUCCAAUAACUCCAAACUUCCCGCCUUUUACGCCAAACAUAGACUUGGUUUCGCCAUACUCCAACAGACCGACAGACUACUCAGCCUCAAGUUCGUACUACCAACCAUCUGACAACGAACAAAACAAAUCCCUAGAAACGCAACUGCGCGAGCUUGAAAAGAAAUCUGACGACAACGAAAGACUGAAGAGCUUCAAAAAGAACGUCAUAGGCGGGAAGAACUUGAAUUUGAUGAAACGUACCGUACUGUCUAGUUCAAGUUCUGGGGAUGAUUCGGAUUCUAGUAAUAAUGAUGAUUAUAGGGAAAGCAAUGAUACGGUUAUAUUCAAGAAAUCGAGGAGUCCGGUUCAAAGCAAGUACUCUUUGAGAACGAGGAAUGUCGAUAAGAGUAAGAGUGAGACGAAGAAAACGCCAAAGAAAGCUGUUAGAAGAAAGGCGAAGAACAAGGAAAAGGCUGAUGGGAGUGUGAAAGAUAAUGAUGUGAAGGAAAGUGAAGAUGAUAAAGUUGAGCCUGGUGCAGUUGACGUUGGGGAGGUGAAAAUCACUAAAGAAACAGCGUCUAUCGAAACAACCCAAACCAGAGAACUUACAAUAUCUUGCAAGUUAGAAACGAUACGUAUCGAUAUAGAAACUCUACCUUCUCCAACCAAACCUAAGAAGAGCAAGACUCCUAAAAAAAACAGCACCAAAGACGACCAAUCUAAGUCGACCUUAACCGCCAGUCAACUUAGUUUAAGAAAAGAGCUUGAAGAGAAGAAGAAAAGGAUGCUAAGUAAUAUUAGGGGUGAUUCGAAGGAACAAAAGCCAGGCAAAAAACAGAAUAGUGGUUUCAAAAUCAAGCCGAUAGCCAACCUGACAAACAGCAAAAGGAAACCUAGGAAGGCUGCGACGCCUAAGAAAACUGUCCAGACUGAUAAGGAGGAUCUAAGGCUUGUUAUGGAGGAUCUGGAACAUUCUGAUGAUUCGGAUGAUGAAGUACCUUUGGCGUUUAAAAAAGCAAAUCUGCUGGCCCCAGAAGUGAUAUCUUCCGACGUUGAAGCCCAAACCCUAAUCGAGGGUCUCAAAGAACGAGGAAUACAUCUCAUGCACAACAAAUCACCCAAGAAAAAAGGCCAGGAAGAUGCAGAUGAUGAAAACGAAGACCAAGGUACUGAAAAAGUUGAAGACAACACUGUUAAUGAUACAAAAGAAGGAAGUGCGGCCAAACGGAAUUCGUCCAUCAUUGAGUUUGACAGUUAUCGAGAUGAAGAGUUUAGCGUUCAAGUGUUUGAGGAUUUUACUAAAACUGUCGUUUAUGACGAGAAUGAUUGCAGCAGAAAGCCUUUGCAAGUUGAAGCGAUUACUGAGUUGAAGACGAAAAAACGAUCUGCUGAGGUUUUCGUCGAAGAGAUCAAUGAUUUCGUGAGGUUGAAUAUCGUCUUCACCCCCCUUUAUGCAACAUUCGAAUUUGGAAUCACUGACUCAGAGGAAGUCUCAGAACAGCAAAGUACAACUCCUGCUAAGACUGAUGUGGAACCUAAUCCUCAAGAAACUUCACCAGACGAUCAGAAUGCGAGUAUGCGGAAUGAUGCGAAAGUUGACUCCAGAGCGAUGCAAAAAGAUAGUCUGGAAUUAGACGAUGAAAAACCAGAUGAUGAUUUGAUGAACUUUGCAGUCACUGGUUGUGAUCGAGAAGAAAGUACUGAUGCUCAUUCCACAAGCUCAAAGAAAAGGAAAGUUAAGAAUGAAGAAAACACCCGUUCUGGUAAAAAAUGCUCGACACUUCUAAAAAAAAUCGACGUCGAUGUUUUUUUGGACGGAAUACAUGGGCUUGAUAAGUAAUUGAUUUUAAAUGUAAAUAAUAGUAUUGUAUAUACCGUAUAUAAGAUUAAAUUAUUUUUUAUUGUAAAAACCAGUUUUACCAAAUACAUUAUCACUUGAUUGC